AUGGCGACGAUGCAGAUUCCCACACCCCGAUCUCUCCUCCUGCUCCUCUUUCUCGCCACCCCCUUCUUCGUCCUCCCCAACCCCUCCUCCGCCUCUGUCUCCCUCCCGGACAUCAUCCUGCCCGAGGUAGUCAACGACAACGAGGCCCACGUGGUCGUCCUCACCGCCGCCAACUUCUCCUCCUUCCUCGCCGUCCGCCGCCACGUCGUAGUUGACUUUUACGCGCCCUGGUGCUACUGGUCCCGCAAGCUCGCGCCGGAGUACGGCGCGGCCGCGUCGCACCUGGUCGGCUGGGGGCUCGAUGUCGCGCUCGCCAAGGUCGACGCCACCCAGGAACAUGACCUCGCUCGCGCCCAUGAUGUCCAGGGGUACCCCACCGUCCUCUUCUUCAUCGACGGCGUGCCCAAACCCUACCCCUACUACGGCGAGAGGACCAAGUAA